AUGAAUCGCGAGGCUUUGAGGAAUGAAAGUUAUGAAGUCGAUGAAUGUACUACAAAGAAGCAAACCAUAAAGAAUCAGAAUUUUGGACGCCAGAGAUAG